CUACUUUAAGUGCAGUCUUUAUAACCUGUUAUAAACUUCUUCGCACAUGAAGAGAAAUAAGAGGUAUCAAGAUGCCAGGUUGUUGUGUUAAAGACUGCAAUAAUCGCAGCGAAAGAAGAUUUCGGUUAUUUCGUGUUCCGAAAAAUAAAGAAAGAAGGCAUGAAUGGCUUCAAUUAAUUGGAAGAGAUACUUUGCCAGAAAGGGCUGAAAUUUGUGAGAUGCAUUUUGAUGAAAAUCAAUUUGAGAACAAUCGAGCAGAUAAGAGAAAAUUGCUCCGCCCAUAUGGAAAACCUAAUUUAUUACAUUUAGAAAAUAAUUCCAAUGAAGUAACAAACAAUAUGAGUACUAAUAAUGAUAAAUACGAGGACAAUGCAAAUAAUUUGAAUGACAAUUCCUACAGUAAUAUCAAUAAUGGUGACAAUACUAUUACUGAGUUGGAAAUUAUAUCCACAGAUUGUGGUACCAAUAAAUCAAAUCAUUUUGAAGCAACCGAUGUGGUGGUAAUGAGCGAUACUGCAUCAAAUAAAAAUCUUGAUGAAAUAAUAAAAAAUUUUGAAGAACAAAUAAAAAAAUUAAAGAAAUCUUUAAAUAAGACUGUGGUGGAACGUAAUAUCUUAAAAAGAAAAUUGCAAAAAGAAAAUGCAAGAUUUAAUGAAAUAUUUAACGAAGAUCAAAAGGACUUUAUCACACGUAAAACACAAAGAGGAACAUCAUGGUCUGCAGAUACAAUUACAAAAGCAUUGAAACUUUAUGCAGCUUGCGGUCAAAAAGGCUACGAAGAGGUGCUCCGACAGCAUUUACCGUAUCCAAGUAUCCGCACUCUACAAAGUCGCAUACAAGGCUUAAAAUUUAAGCCAGGUAAAUUUCUCUGCAAAAGAGAGAUGUCUGCAGAGCAAUGAAAAUUUAUGGGAUAUAAAUAUAUAUCAAUCAUUGCUUGGAAAUGAAAAGGAAACUGAUUUAAAUAAUACAGUUCAAGCUGCAUUAUAUUAUUUAAUAGGUGCAUUAUUAUUUAAAAUACAGAAAAAUUUUACACAUUGCAAUAAUUGUUUUAAUGUUCUUGUGACUACGAAUGAUUCUAACAACAAUUCUAGCUACAAUAAUCUAAGUUUUUAUAUAAAGUUAAGAGAAUAUAAAGAAAAUAUUUUAAUAUUUCCAAGCGUGGAGAUAUAUAAUUUAAUAUAUAAGUGCGAACUAUUAUUUCGGAAAAAUGAGAUUAACUUACUUUUUAAUGUAUUAAAAGUCAAUGAUUUUAUAACAAUGUUUUUAUAAGAAUAUUCGAUAAACUUUAUUCCUUCGUGUCAUAAUAUUGGUUAUAAAUUUAUAAAAAAUUUUGUAAUAACAAGAAUUCAUUUUUCAUUAAAAAAAGUAAGCAGUGAUGUAAAAAAAGCAGCUGGUCAUAGCAGUAGAAGUGUUGCGAUGAAAAUGGCCAUAGCAAAUGGAAA